AUGAGCUUUCUUGCACCUUCGCAACGAGGCUACGACUCUCUUACACACUCUGACUUGGGCCAGCUCUCCUCUAUGCAUACCCACUCCUCACGCAUCCCCAUGCACACCUUCUCCUCCUACGACAACCUCACCCUCCACGACGUGCCUUCUACGUCUUCUUCAUCAGGCCCGCCAUCCUCGCACGUCUCCGAUCGUUCAGCGGUGGCCUCGCCCAGGACCGGUCAGACUCGUUGUUACUGGACCCUCCUCACCCCCGACCUGACCUUCCUCUACCUCGAUCCCGUCUUCUCCAGUCACCUUCAAGAGCAAGCCGAUCUCCUCGUCGGCAAGUCGCUCCUCGCCUUCGUCCAUCCCGAUGAGCAGGCAUCUGCGAAACUAGACCUCGGAAGUGUGCUGGAGAGUCGGACCCUGCAUGGGAGUGUUACUCGGGUGCGAUACUCCAGGCUGUCGCGUGUCCGCAGGCAGCUCGGAUACCAUGGUCCGUUGCAGGAAUGGGCAGACGCCGACAAGAUAGCCGUCGACGCAGAUUACAUGGCCGUGGACAUCGUGAUCAACUGGGCGUCUGACGGCUUGGUCCUUUGCUUCAUGCAUGCGGUCGUGGACCUCACUCCUCGUGAUAGUGACGAGCACAACAAGACCGGUUGGUCGAACUGGUGCGGCACGCCCAGCAUGAGCACGGAACAAGUGCAGCUCCUUUAUCAGCGACUCCUUGCUGCAGUACCGCAGCCGCCCAAUGUGUCUCGGGUCUUCCAGAUAUUACUCAAUCAGCCUGACCGUGCGCUCUACAUGAGUUGGCCCCCAGAUCAGAAUCAAGGAGGGCCCACUGCGAAGGACUUUGCGAGACUGGCACAGGACGUUCAGAUCAGCAAUGCAAUUUCCAGCGGGACUGAUGCCAAAACUAACUGUACUAGAAGGUACAAGGCUCUUCAGGUGAUGCAGUGUGGAAUGGAUGGCAAUAGAGAGGUUGAAAGCAUAUUCAUACUUCACGGAGCGCUCAUCUUUGCAUGUCACAAAGUCAAUGCUGUAUUGAGAAGCGGACCGAGUGGAGGCGUGCAGUCGAACUACAGCUCUCAAAGCUACACGUCGCCGUCGGUCCCGUACUAUGAUCCGCCGACCCAUUCUUAUAGUCUUCCUCCUGUGCCUGCGCCUCCAUCCUACAACGGCUACUACGGGUCACAGCCCCGCGUUCCGCAGACUCAAUACUCGGGCAGCUGGUCUCCUUCGUCUGAGCCUCAGAAUGGGCAGUAUAACCAGUGGCCCCCUCAGGGUGGCAUGUCCCCUGCAACUACAGUCAGCAGCCUUCGUUCAUCCUCUUACCCCACCCCUCAGCAGCACCAGUGGUCUUCUCAGCCGCCGUCAUAUAUGGACUCAAAUUCCGUACCUCCUUCCUUCAACCAGCCGCUUACAUCUUCAAACCUUCGAUAUUCCGCUGACUCGGCUAACAAUCAUCACGAGGGUCCCUCGCCUUCCCCCGCAAAUGACCACGUUCCGCCGUCGCGUACGCCGCGCAGAGGUUCUGGGAACAGCAGGGAGCAGUACGGCAAUGGCGGUCGGAGCUCUGGUAACCCACCUGUCGGAAUAUCGAAGUGCUCCAGUUGUGAUGCGACGCAGAGCCCGGAGUGGAGGAAAGGACCCACCGGGAAGAAAGAUUUAUGCAAUGCGUGUGGAUUGCGUUAUGCGCGUUCUCGUGCCAAAAAAGAAAGCGGUGGAGUCUCUUCUCAGGGCCGUCGGCGCAAGGAUCGCGCGUUCAGCACCAUGUCGGACAAACCGAGUGCCUCCCCUUCGACAUCCCCGAUCGAUGUCCCCUUCGCCAGUGUCCGUCGUGCCAAUCUGUACGACGACAGCUCCUUCUCGUCCACAGCCUCACCGUCCGGAAGUGAGAUAUGUUCGCAGCAUCAUGGCAGCUUUAACGGGAUGACGCCGUCCCCAUCGCCGCCCUCUGCAAGCAUGAGCUACGGGGGAUACUCGCACCACCACUCGGCGCCGAGCUCCCAAAAUUCGCAGGCGGACCAUCGUUCACACAUGGGCACCCACAACACGUUCUACUCGGUCCCGCCGCCCCUGCCGAAUGGGGCAGUGCACCACAUGGCGGGCAGCAGCCAUUCGGGCCCCCCCAUCCCGCGGCUGGAGCCCCUCAUGUCGUUCCCCAGCCGCUUCUCGCCGAUGCUGUCCCCAUCGUCGCCCGGCUCGGGCUCCCCCCUGAGCGCAGGCCUCUCCGCUGCGUCGUUCGAGCGUGAGAAGCACGACAAGGACCACGAGCGCACGCUGCUGCCGCCCACGCCCGUGUCCGCGGACGUGCGGCAUUCCGACAAGCAGGGGUUCAUGAUGCGGUGA